AUGAAGGCGUGGAGUUACAGCGAGUACGGCGGCGUUGAGGUUCUGAAGCCCGUGUCCGACGUGGCGGUGCCGGAGGUUAAGGACGAUGAGGUCUUGAUUAAGGUUGUCGCCGCCGCCUUGAACCCAGUUGAUUUCAAGAGGAGAUUCGGAUAUUUCAAGGCUAAUGAUUCGCCUUUCCCUACUAUUCCCGGAUAUGAUGUGGCUGGCAUUGUAGUUAAAGUAGGGAGGAAUGUGAAGGAAUUUAAAGAAGGAGAUGAAGUUUAUGGUGACAUUAUCGAGAAGGCAAUCGCCGAGCCAAAACAGCUCGGCUCCUUAGCCGAGUACACAACCGCUCAAGAGAAGCUUUUAGCUCAUAAGCCCAAGAAUCUCGAUUUUGUGCAAGCCGCUGCCUUGCCUCUUGCCCUUGAGACAGCUUAUGAAGGGCUCGGAAAGUACGGUUUUUCUAAGGGCAAAUCAUUACUUGUACUCGGCGGAGCCGGUGGUGUUGGGUCAUUCAUCAUUCAAAUUGCCAAACACGUUUUUGGUGCGUCUAAGAUUGCAGCUACAGCCAGCACGUCGAAGUUGGAGUUUCUAAAAAGUUUGGGGGCCGAUUUGGCAAUUGACUACACUAAGGAGAAGUAUGAGGACCUGCCUGAGAAAUUUGACUUUGUUUAUGAUGCUGUUGGCGAAACUGAGAGGGCUGUGAAGGCGGUGAAAGAAGGAGGCACCGUUAUCACGAUAGCUGGUGCACCUACACCACAGGUUCCUUUGUUUAUAUUAACUUCCAAUGGAGAGUUCUUGAAGACACUUAAACCGUAUAUCGAGAGUGGUAAGGUGAAGCUUGUUCUCGACCCAAAGGGUCCUUUCCCGUUUGACAAGGUGAACGAGGCGUUUGCUUAUCUGGAAACGGGUCGGGCCAUUGGGAAGGUGGUCAUAUAUCCAAUUCCUUGA